GUUUUCAGUUUUAUUUACAGGACAUGAAAUUACGUUAAAAUAACUUCGACGUAUUUACAGUUGAAUUAUUUAACCUCAACGUUAGCUCACGUCGGUUCGUCAUCUAUUUAAUACUCCUCCGUGUCUGUCCUGUCAUGCGUGCUAACUUUAGCUAAGGAAGCGUCCAGUUUGUGUCACAACUAAGCUAAAAGUUUACAAAGAUGGAGGAUUUAUUAAUCAAAGACAACCCUCUGUUUCUACCUCUGAACAAGGACAAAACUGUCUACGACGGAUUCAUCACGGUCCAGGAGCGAGACUUCAGAAUGAGAAUAAUACUUCCUCCAGAUCGAAAACUGAAACAUGCCAGGCUGCAUUGCUGUUGGCAGUUAAAACACUUGUUGCGUGGAUAUGAGCACAUAGUCAAACAGAGGCUGCAGCAGUCGGCCGAUCUUGUCAGUUUCAUUCUGGAGCUGAAGACUGUCUUGGAAGUGGGUCUGAAGAGCCGCCCUGAGUGUCGCUCCAUCCCGCCUCCUCAGUAUUACUCUCAGCUUAUCUCAGAGAUGGAGACCCUCGGGUGGGACAAGCUGCUUUUCAUAGACACCGAGUUCCAGACGUUGAGGCUGAAGGCAGAGGACUCAUCUGGAAGGCAGCACAUUCUCACCGUUAAACUAAAACCCAAGCACCCUGCAGAGGCUCCCGAAUGCUCAGCUGACCUGCCGCUCCCUUUGGACUUCACCUGGACGCCACAGAGUACUCUGGACCAGCUCCACAGUCAGUUCCUGCUUGUAUUGGAGUCCCUCUCAGACUUCUGGAACAUCCUGGAUGAGAUAGACAGCCAGACCUGGAUUCUGGAGCCAGAAAAACCCAGCCGGUCUGACACCACGAGACGGAUCGCCAUCGGAAACAACGUAUCCAUCAAAGUGGAGGUGGAUCCCAGACAUCCCAAGAUGCUGCCAGAGUGCUGCCUGCUGGGAGCCGAGCAUGUGGUGACGCCUCUGAGGAACAAACUCAACGCCAACAUGCACAUGUGGAACCCGGACUCCAGCGUCUUGCACAACCUCCGGGAUGUUUUGGAGAUCGAAUUCCCGUCACCUGCCACCCACGAAAAAUCUAGCUUCAGUGUGGAAUGUGGGAUCUGUUACUCCUAUCGCCUGGAAGCUGCCAUUCCCGAUCAGGUGUGCAACGACCCUCGCUGUGGGCAGCCCUUCCACCAGGCCUGUCUGUAUGAGUGGCUGCGAGCGCUACCUUCCAGCAGGCAGAGCUUCAACAUUGUUUUUGGAGAGUGUCCUUACUGCAGCAAGGUACGUCACGCCGACAGCAUCCUUCAUAAAGGGCCUUCACUUCAGCCGGCUUUAUCAGCUCGCCUCUAUACAUCACCCCCGAGUGCAUCGGCAACAAUACGCCGCUUUCAACCGUUCGUUUUUACUGACGUGACUCUCCAUCAUUCACACACAUCCUGCAUUGUGCCUUUUGCUCAUUCAAAGUCAGACCCCAGUUCGGCAGAGCACAGGAGCUCAAAGAUUUAGAAGUCCUUCAGUCACAACAGGUUUUUGUCCAGGGGUGGAAACUCUAUGGGGAUGAAAAAAAAAGACACUAGAGGUCUAAGGUCAUGCCCAUCGCCGCCACAGAAAUGUGACUAAAUACUACUUCCUGUCACCAGUAUUUCAGAACAAAGUGUGUUGUAGAUUUAAUUAAAUUAUACCCAACUGGGGUUUAACUAGUGAUAAAACAUUAGUGUAACAUAUCCUCCUGAGACCCAGCCAUGCAUUUUUGUCCUCUGUAGGAGACAAGAG